AUGGCGACCCUCCCACCGCCACUCUCCAACCUCUCCCUAUGGCAGCGCACCGUGCGGUCGCACCCGCUGCUAUCGUCCAACGCGACCACCCCGCUGCCCGAGUCGGCCGACACGAUCGUCGUCGGCGGCGGGCUGAUGGGCGCACUGAUAGCCCACCACCUCCUCGAGAGGCAUCCGCACCACAAGGUCGUGCUACUCGAAGCGCGCGAACUCGCCUCGGGGGCCAGUGGACGUAACGCAGGGCACUGUAGGCCCGAUGCCGCGCGGGGGUUUACGACCUUUGCCAAGCUGCAUGGCGGCGAGCAGGCGCGCAAGAUCAUCGAGAGCGAGGCGGAGGUGCUCAAGCUCAUGGACGACCUGGUCAAGACCAACGGCAUCGAGUGUGAAUGGACCCGGCGGAUGACUUAUGAUGCCUGCCUCUCGCCCAAGUUUACAGAGUACACCGAAGCAGCCAUUGCCGGGCUGCAGUUUGCGGGCGGCACGCCCGACCUGAUCCGCCUCGACGACAAGGAAGCGCGCAAGGCGACGGGGACCAAUGCCGAAACAGCGUUUGCGUGGGACGCAGCGACGGUCAACCCGGCCCAGUUGACGCUCGGGGUCCACACCGUCAACGGGCUGACGGGGCGGUACGAGCCAUUUGCGUGGACGCCGGUCGUGGACUGCGAGCCGCUCGAAGGUGGCGGGGGAUGGGUGGUGGUCACGGAACGGGGGUCGGUGAGGUGCAACAAGGUCGUAUGGGCGACCAAUGGGUAUACGGCCGCAGUGGUGCCCGAGUUCAAGGGCCUUGUAGUGCCCCAGCGCGCACAGGCGCACAAGCUCUCUAGGCCCCCCGCAGGUAGCACCUUCACACCUCUCCAGGGCAGCUACUCGUUACGCAAGAGUAUGGAGGAGUUCUACUCUGUCGCUCCCCGUCCAGACGGCACCAUCGUGCUCGGCGCCUCGCGAGCCCUCAUCCCCCUGAACGAAUACCACAACCGCGCCAACGAUGCCGGCUUCCACGCCGGCUUGGCCGCCAACGCUCUCACGGCAUUUGCGGAGAUCUACCCCGAGGCAGGAUAUCGCCCCCCAUCGCUCCGCGCGCUCGAGGCCGACGCGCACCGCGCGGCAAGACUCAAGCCCACCGACCCACUCGCUGCGCUAGACGCUCCCUGGCCCGCGGCAGCGGACGUGCAGGGCGAAGACCGCGGUGUCGGGUUCGAGUACGCGUGGACCGGGAUCAUCGCCGCCACGCCCGACCUGGUCCCGUUUGUCGGCGAGCUGCCGGGCAAGCCCGGACAGUAUGCUGCGGUGGGAUUCAACGGGCAUGGAAUGGCGCGCAUUGCGCUCUGCGCGCCGACGUUGGUUGGAUACAUGGACAGCGGGGAGUGGGAGGGGAUCAUGCCCGAGUGCUUUAGGAUCACCCAGGAGAGGAUGGCAAGGCUGCGCUCAGCCGAGGUGUGA